GUGGCAAACGUUAAUUGCUGCUGGGUUCAAGAACUGGGAGAUGAGUCGAAGAAUUCUUUCAACCAGUUGGAAGCCGCACGAACUUUUGCAUCGAUUCCCGUCAUCGUUGUUGUAAAUCUCUCCUUCAGCUUGUGCUAUAACUCAAUGAACAAUGCGUUUCCGUCACAGGCCUGCCAGAUGGAUGUCAGGCUGGGGGGAGGGCAGCUGAACGGAGCUUUCUUCAACAUCGCGGAUGCCCUGGCCAUCGUGAUUUUCACGCCGAUUUUCGAGUCCUUUGUCUACCCUCUAAUAUCAAGGUUAAAGGGGUCUCCUGUGAGAUUGGGGCAGAAAAUGGUGACUGGACUUAUUGUGGCUGCAGCUUCCAACUUCUCGGCCGCAGUGCUUGAAGUGAAGAGGCGCCAAGCUCCGGUUCUUUGUGACGUAGCUUGGUCACAGUGCGCGCCUGGAUACACUGAGGAUGGAUUGCAUGGGACGAGAAUGCGUGACAUCAGCGGCUUUUGGAUCUUCUUGCCUUACAUCCUAGUCGGUAUUGCAGAGAUUCUGGUAAAUCCCUGUUUGUAUUGUUUCUCCUACGAGUCAGCCCCGGCAGAAGUUCGCUCCCUGCUUCAAGCUGUGAAUCUUUUCUUCUCAGGAUCAGUUUCAAACGCUUUCACCGCCAUUGUCUCCAAGCUUUUGUACCCUGAUGAUCUAGACGCUGGCAACCUGGAGUAUUACUAUGCAGUGAACAUGUUGCUGGCCCUGAUCGGAAUUGGACUGUACUUCUCUGUCACAAGAUGUUGCCGCAGCCACGAGCUUGCUGGGGACAACCAUGCCGACCGGGAAUAG